AUGGACGGACUAGCGGACAGAACAACUGGGCAUUGGCAGGAAGAGCCUACGAGAAUCAAAAUUCCCGGUUCACAAUCCGCUCUUGCACCGAUGAAAUCGAAUUCGAAUGCACCCAGACAAAGAGCAUCCAAUCCACUCGGUCACCUGGGUUUGAAAGGACAUCGCUGGUCCCCCAGUACGAGUACCAACACAGUUGCUCCAAUGGUGCGAUACCAACAUCCCACCGAAGAAGCGAACGAAAGAUUUGUGAAGAGACCAAGACUUACCGACAGUGGUCAAAGGCACCUAGAUAUUGAUCACUCAAAAUCUGCCUCUACUGCUAGAGUGCCAACCCCUGCAUCUUCGUUAUCAGCCACUUCUGACCGCGACAUUGAAGAACGAAUCCGAGGGCAACGGGGAUCUUCGCCAGAUAGACACCCUCACGAAGGCCGCAGCCCCCGUUCAGUUCCGGCACUCCGCCCUCCUGUUGUACCUCCGGGAAUGGUUGCAAAGCGAAGACAAGAGAUUGAGCGCAGGCACAGCUGCGAUGAAUCUCCGUCUGACAUGAUCCGAGUCGGCGAGCAUUCAGGGGCCCAACGAUUGCAGCAGAAGAGAAUAUCCAAUAUGAAAGAUCAGGCAAGUAAUGGCCACAGCAAGAAGGCUACCGGUAUCCUCGGAGACGACGCAUUAACUAGAUCAUCUCUAUCCAAGCCAAAUAAACGGGAUGAAGAGGAUCUUGAUCAAUGCCUGAAAUUGGAUGUUGAAGAAUCCUUCUUUGGGCAGCAUCCCGUACAAAAGCUUGCGCAAGUUCAAAUAGUGCUCGGUCCUAAUAUGCGUCCAUCAUUGGAACUUAUUUUGCCUGAUGACGUACAACGUAUAACAGAAGCCGAUAUAGAGUGGAUUGCACAUGACGAUCAGGGCUCCCUUUUUGUCUGCUUAGCCAAGACCAGUCUCGCGCUUCGUCGGCUUCGUACGGGCGGAGAAAUGGCAUCCGGCAAGUCGUCCGUGUCUUGCGAUGUAAUAUCUGAUUUCGCACAGUUCCAAGCUUUGCACCUGAGUUUCCAGGGUCUACUUUAUCGUUCAUGUUUAAAAAUUAUCCAUUCCAACAGGGAAAUAUUUAUCGAUUUGUCCGACGACUUAGUCAAGACCGUCGUGAAUAGUGCUCCUCAGCAAUGGUCAAAUAUAAAGUGGAAUUGGGAUCACCUUCACACUGCGUAUGCUCUCGAGACCAGUGGGGGAAAGCGUAGCGAGGUUUCGUCUCGUGCAAAUAGAACAGCGUCGUUAAGCCCUGGUUCCGAUUCAAUGCCCACCUCCAGCCCUCCACCCCGGAAAAAGGAACUAGAACGAUCUAUACAAGAACAAGGGUGGGAGGACGAGGACCUGAUAAUGCCCUUCGGGAAGACCAAGGGCGGAAAUCAAGCGGGACUGGAAACUCUAGAGUAUCUUGAGAAGAACACCAAGCGACCUACUGUCAAAAAGACCAGAUCGAUGGCAUCCAAACCUACUCUUCGAACGGAUGAUAAUGAAGUUAUCCUCGUCUAUCCGUUUGUUAGGGGGCUACAAAUCACCAAAGGGGAGCAUGAACGACUACAGCCUGGGGAAUUUCUGAACGAUACUCUCAUUGAAUUUGGUCUUCGCUUGUGGAUGGAGAAGCUCAAGAUCUCUGACCCUCAACGUGCAGAACAGAUUCACGUUUUCAGUCCAUUCUUCUACAAGAAACUUAAAACUCCAGAUCCUGCAAACGGUUAUGCUGCUGUUCGGACCUGGACAUCCAAAGUCGACAUCUUCAGUAAACGCUAUCUCGUCGUUCCUAUCAACGAAAAGUAUGUCGCACCGCGGCUUCGUCUUGAUAUUCACGUAAUUGAUAUUGGUGUCAGAGCCCACUGGUAUCUGGUUGUAAUUAUGUACCCAGGAAAUGCCUUGAGAAUGGGUACAAGAGAAGCAAGCAAGCAAAUCCCGGAACAGAAUCGAGAACGACCAUCAGAGGGCCACCCGCAGGGGGAUCACAUGGAAAUAGACUCUGGUCAAAGGGACCCAGAAGCUAUGGAGCAGUUCGCUCCUGCGCCGUUGAAUGAGACAUCGUCUGUGAUUCCGCAGAGAUCGAGCACGCCAGAGCUCGAACCCCCAGUGGUCGACAUGAACAUAGCACGACGUAACUCUACGGAUAACAGCAAAUCUCCAGCAACCUCUGCAUAUAGGAUAGAAGAACAAUUACUCGAGCGGGACGGGUUGGUGUUGGAGGAAGAAGACGAGUUAAUGUCACCGGCUGAAGAAGAAAUUGACGAGGAGGCAGAUGAAGCUUGGAAGACCAAUCAAGAUAGCACCUAUGUUCUGACUUUUGACUCCCUCGGAAGUAAGCAUCCAGGCGCCCAGAGGGUACUGAAGGACUAUCUCGUUCGAGAAGCCAAAGAUAAGAAAGGUAUCAAUGUCGAGCUAAGUCACAUCGGAGGUAAAUUGGUUAAGAGCCCUGUUCAGCCCAAUUUCUGCGAUUGUGGUCUUUAUCUAAUCAAGACGGCGGAAAAGUUUCUUGAGAAGCCUGAUGACUUCUUCAAGCGCUUAUUUUGGAAUAAGGACCAACUCACGGAGAGACACCCACUUUGGGAUAUCCCAUCUUUCGAGGCGAAGCGCCAAGAGCUCUACGAUGAAAUCUCAGAAUUAUCCGAGAAGUGGAAACAAGAAAGGGCUGUAAACCAACCUGCACCAUCGCAAGCUUCAGACAGUGUCGAAGUCGUGGGCGAGAGCAAGGCUGCGCGUCCCUCAGUCGGAAACCUGGACUUGUCUGAUGACGAUGUUGAAAUCAUUGGCGAGAACCUAGCACCAAAGGCGAAGAAAAAGGGUAGAAGGUCUGGAGGAUAUGCGUACUAG